GGUUCAGGGAGCUAGAGAGAAGUUGACCGUCGCUUAGACGCAGGCAGCCAAUUGGGUCUUCUGGUUGCCGUGCAUCCUGGGAGCUGUAGUUUCCGGCUUCCUCCUCCAGACUCCAAACUCCACCGAGCAGCUGGAGGACGGUUGCUUGACAUCAUUGGCAAGCGGGAAGUAUGGCGGUGGCGCGCGUCGACGCGGCUUUGACUACUGGAGAAGGAUCAGUGGUCAACUGGUCAGGACAAGGGCUACAGAAAUUAAGUCCAAACUUACCCUGUGAAGCUGAUAUUCAUACUUUGAUUCUGGAUAAAAAUCAGAUUAUUAAAUUGGAAAAUCUUGAGAAAUGCCGACGAUUAAUACAGUUGUCAGUGGCUAAUAAUCGGCUGGUGCGAAUGAUGGGUGUGGCCAAACUGACCCAACUCCGGGUGUUAAAUCUGCCUCAUAAUAGCAUUGGCUAUGUGGAAGGGCUGAAGGAUCUAGUUCAUUUGGAAUGGCUGAAUUUGGCAGGAAAUAAUCUCAAGGCCAUGGAACAAAUCAGUAGUUGCGCAGCUCUACAGCACCUUGAUUUAUCAGACAAUAACAUACCCCAGAUAGGUGAUCUGUCUAAACUGGUAUCAUUGAAGACCCUGCUUUUACAUGGAAACAUCAUCACCUCUCUUAGAAUGGCACCUGCUUAUCUACCCAGAAGUCUUACUAUACUCUCCUUGGCAGAAAAUGAAAUUCGGGACUUAAAUGAGAUCUCUUUUUUGGCAUCCUUAACUGAAUUGGAACAGUUGUCCAUCAUGAAUAAUCCUUGUGUGAUGGCAACACCAUCCAUUCCAGGGUUUGACUAUCGGCCAUACAUCGUCAGCUGGUGCUUAAACCUCAGAGUCCUAGAUGGAUAUGUGAUUUCUCAGAAGGAAAGUUUGAAGGCUGAAUGGCUCUACAGUCAGGGCAAGGGGAGAGCAUAUCGGCCAGGCCAGCACAUCCAGCUUGUGCAGUAUCUGGCUACAGUCUGUCCUCUCACUUCCACACUGGGUCUUCAGACUGCAGAGGAUGCCAAACUAGAGAAGAUUCUGAGCAAACAGAGGUUUCACCAGAGACAGUUGAUGAACCAAAGCCAAAGUGAAGAGCUAGCUCCUCUUGCUUCUAUUGAAACAAGAGCACCCCUUGUACCUGAGCAUUCAAGCCCUGUUCAAGAUGGCCACAUAGUCCAGGAAAGCGAACCCGUCAUCCAAGUCAAUUCUUGGGUUGGGAUUAACAGUAAUGAUGAUCAGUUACAUGCCGUUAAGAAUAACUUUCCAGCCUCUGUACAUACUACAAGAUAUUCUCGAAAUGACCUGCACUUGGAAGACAUACAGACAGAUGAGGAUAAGUUAAACUGUAGUCUUCUCUCUUCAGAGUCUACUUUUAUGCCAGUUGCAUCAGGACUCUCUCCAGUAUCACCUACAGUUGAGCUGAGGCUACAAGGCAUUAACUUGGGCCUAGAAGAUGAUGGUGUUGCAGAUGAAUCUGUGAAAGGGCUGGAAAACCAGGACUUUAAUAAGGAAGAGGAAAAGGCUUUUUGGACUGCAAAUGAGAAUUCUGUUCAAGUGAAGGAAAGUGUCAUCAGUACAGGGGUAAAUGAGAAAGAUGGGCUAUUACCUUGUCUGGAGCCAACAAUAACUAGUGCUGUCUUGAAGGAUGACACCCAGAGUCUUAUGUCUUUUCCUGAGUCAGUUGGACACAAUGUCUUCCAUACACAGCCAGACAGUGAAGGAACCAUGUCUCAGUCAGCUUUGGAGAAACUUCCCUGUGGGGUUUUAACCCAGAGAUCUGUUGCUUUGGGACAAGAUAAAGUCACCCUGCAGAAAUUGAAUGAAGCAGCCACCAAACUUCAGGCCUAUUGGCGGGGCUUUUAUGCCAGGAACUACAAUCCCCAAGCUAAAGAUGUGCGACAUGAAAUUCGGCUGCGCAGAAUGCAGGAGCACAUUGUUUGCUUAACUGAUGAAAUAAGGAGAUUAAGAAAAGAAAGAGAUGAAGAACGUAUUAAAAAAUUUGUACAAGAAGAGGCUGUCAGAUUCCUUUGGAACCAGGUAAGGUCUCUACAAGCUUGGCAACAGAUGGUGGAUCAGCGUCUAAGUUCCUGGCAUACUGAUGUUCCUCCUAUAUCAAGUACUCUGGUACCCUCUAAACAUCCAUCAUUCACCCAAAGUCAGGAGCCUUCUUCUGAUCAAAAUUCUGAUUGGUUCAUUGCUCCUGAUGAGGCUCCUCAAGAGAAAUCCUUACCAGAAUUUCCAGACUCUGGUUUUCAUUCUUCCCUAACAGACCAAGUUCACUAUUUGCAGGAUUCUUUGGAUUUUGAAAAAAGUUCCGCAGAAGGCAGUGAAAGUUCCAUCAUGGGGAAUUCCAUUGACACAGUCAAAUAUGGCAAAGAGUCAGAUGUAGGGGAUGUCAGUGAUGAACACGGUGAAUGGAAUAAGGAAAGCUUAAGCAAUGAGCAGGAUAAUAGUCUACUUGAGCAGUAUUUAACUUCAGUUCAACAGCUAGAAGAUGCUGAUGAGAGGACAAAUUUUGAUGAAGGGACAGGAGAUAGUAAGCUUCACAUAGCUCCUUCCCCUGAAAAGUUAGACGUCUUGUCUGACGGUGUUUCUGUAGAUGAUACUCAUGGCAUAUUUCCUACUUUGCAAGAUGAAAUCAGCCAGGCACCAGAAAAUUGUAAAUUAAAUGCUGAAGUUCAAGGGCAACAGUCAGACUGUGAUUCUACAUUUCAGGUAUUGCAUGUUGGUAUUACUGUGUAGCAUGUCUGGUUGUUUGAGAAGCAGAAAUCUACUUAACAAUUUCAGUUGCCUUUUUUUUUUUUGUGAAGGGGAAUAUCACCCUCAUUUUUGUUACUAUUUAUAUAGAAUUUGUAUUCUUGUCUCAUGUUUUCCAUAUUUUAGAUACUGGGCUGUGUCUUCAUUUUUAUUUUAUUAGCUAUUAGCUGUAGUCUAUUAAACAAUAUUUAUAUUGAAAGUUAUAUGCACUUUAUUUCCUAACAACUGAAUUGUAUCACAGUGUUCUUGUUUUUUUAAUGUACUCAUUUCCUUUCAAAAAUAAACUAGAAUAUCUUUCAAGAAAAUAGAAGAGUUUAAAGAUAUAAAUAAGAGAAUUUAGAUUUUUCUGUGUGUCAGGAAAUUAACUAUGUAGUAAGGAAUGCAACUUGUUAAAGUGAGUGUAGGUAACUAAUACAAGGACUGUGAACUAGAAAUUUUCCAGGCUCCUUGGAAGAAGAACAUAUAUUUUUAAGACUUUUUUCCCCCCUAAUGAGUUAAGAAAAGCCUUCUUAUGAGCAAAUAGGGAGAAGAGGUAAGAUUAUAGGAUUUUUCAGAGGAAAUGAAUAUAACUGUCUCAUGGAAAACUUUAGUUAAUGUCGUGCGUCAGUUUUAACAUAUGAAGCAGUGUUCCAUCUGGAAUUAAAAAUCAAGCUUACUUAAAGAGGCAUGACUAGAAUAUUUCUCUUAGAUGUCAAGAAAGCAGAUGCUAAGCUCCAUUUGCUUGGAAUAAUGUCACAGCAGACAUUAUCUUUUCAUUCAGUGCUUUUUUUUACCCUACAGAUAAGCAUUUAUGUGCCAACUUCCUUGCCAGAAAUUAACAUAUGUUCAUCUUCUCUAAUCCUGCAUUAUAUUUGCUUAUGUAUUUCAGCAGAAGGUCCAUGGCCAUUUACUUCAUUUUUUGACCUCUGCUUUACAGUGAAGAACAUUUAAAGUAAUAUUAGUGGUAGAAAAUGAAUGACUUUUUUAAAGGACUAUUUUCUAUCCAAAUCUCUGAAAAAGUGCCACAUUUGGAAGACAAUUUAAUGGUGGUUAAGAAAAAAUCAACCUCACUUAUUUCUUGUUAAGAAGAAUAUAUAUCUGUAACUUCAGGAAGAAAUGAUAAUAUUGUGUUGAAUGUUAUAGAUAGAUGCAUUUGCAAAUCAAGGAAGCUUGAUAAAUUAAUCUUUGAGAAUGUUGUAGUAUCAUUGAACAACAUAUAUCUGAUUUCCCUUGAUCUUUGGACAGACAACUAUUUAAAACUAUGGCAAUACUUAAGUGUUCUAAAUUUAGGUGCUAAAUAUCUAUUCAUUUUUCUGUUAGUCACUAGAUCCCUUUCUUUGAAGUUAUAUAAAAUAAAAACUUCUGAUCCUUCAAGAAUAAAGUCAGGGAUCACAUGUUAUACUUUGUUGAUAGGUAGAAACAUUUCUUCAGUAUGGGUAAGAUGUAUUUUUCUUGAUUUAAAAAUGUGUAGCGCUCAGGUUGAGAAGACUUGGAUUUCAUUCCAGAAAUCCAGAGUCUCUUGAAAAGGAAAUAUUUUCUGUCUCUUAUAAAUGAAACAGCCGUCGUACAUUCAAAAUUUUCCCUAGUGAAGCAUGUGUAACGUUGAAUGCGCGUUAAGUAAAAACAGAAUUUUUUACUUUUUGAAUAAUGCUAAUUAUCUUUUAUGAAUGAUUUUGAAUUUCUUCUUAAAUAUACCCUAUUUUUCUAUUUUACAGUUAAGUGCCUCAUUUGCUGCCCAUAGUUAGACACAGAAAAACCAACUUGCACUGCACUAAUACCAAAGUGCUGCUUUACGAUACAUUAACUUCUCAUAAAAGUUCCUAAAAUGUCAUGGUUCAGUAUUGCCUAUCAGUUUCUGCUGAUAUCUUCUCCCUCUUUUUCUAAGAAAUGGCACAACACAACUAAAUUCAUUUGAACAUUAGCAUUUGUCAGCAAGAUUUCCUUUUUUACCUUUGCUUUGUUUUUCUAGCCCAUAAACAGUAUUAGUGUACCUUUAUUUUAAAAUUGGUAGGUUAUGAUCAUGGUUAAUAUUCUACCCUUCAUUUGAUUUAACUUUACUAGUGUUUUGAAGUGCAAGAAUAUUAAGUAGUUCCCUACCUUAACUGUACAGCUUAUUUUGAAUGUAGAUAGAAUGAAAAUAAUGUAAAUUAGAAUGCAAGAAAAUUGUGGCAUAGACUUAAUAUAUUUUAAUAGGUUUACAGUGUAAUUUAAAAUAACUUAUGUAAUUAAGAUAUUUGGUGUUGUGUCAUGGGCUAUUCAGUGGUCUAGCUAAAGAGAGAAUGGGUCUAGUAAAGUUUGGGAAGUUGAGCUUUAACAUGGUUUUUGUGUUUUUUCUUAUAGGAGAGUAUUGGUUUAGCUGUGCUAUUUUAGUUCAUAUCAGUUUUCUUGAUAUAUAGAAAAUUCAAUGUAUCAAUGAGAUAUUCCUCCAGAAGCACAGAAUCCUACCAUGCAAAAAUUGGAAGGAAUCUUAACAAUUACCUAUUCUAAUCUCUUUGUUUUAAAGAUGAAACUGAAGUACAGAGAAUUAUUAAGUGACUUGCUUGAUGUUAUAGCUAGUUAGUAGUAAUAAACUGAAAACCUAAAAGUUAUUGUAUUCCAAAAUUUAUUAUUAUACACUAUUAAUUUUACAUUUAGUGAGUCAGUAGGAAAAUCUUUGCAUAUUUUUCAUUCUCUUUGAAAGAAGAAAAAAAACUUCUGAGAGAGCUAGAACUUUACCACUUGAAGCAAAAUUGCUUUUAGAAAAUGACUAAGUCGUUCAGAACUCUGAGUAAAUUUUCUCCAAGAAAUGUGAUGUCAUUAAAAUGGUUUUUAAAGAGGGCUCAUAGAAAUUAAAAAUUUAAAAGAAUAUUUGCAUCUUGGAAUCCAUUUAUUUCAUGACAAGAAGUAUAACAGGUUGCUGAGAUAUCUAAAAUUUUCUAGUGAAAGCCUGAGUUUGUUUAUAUUUCUUCUUGAGUUUUAAUGUCAACAGAUGUCAGAGUUUUAACUCUCUUGAUGUGCAGAAAUGUCCAAUCAUGACAGUGGAUAUAAACAAUAUAGUUUGGUUCUAUAAGCUUAAUUAUGAAAGGCCUCAUAAUAUGCAUGUUUUAGGAAAAUAUUUAGCCACACAUAUGGUUUGCAUAUAUGCAAAUAACUUUAUUCUUCAAUAAUGUGGGUGCCAUUCUUGAGUGUGGACUUCUAUUUUUGUUUUGAGUUAUUUUAAAUAUGUAAACACUGUAAUAGUAUUUUCCUGUUAUCUACUUAAUGCAAGUCUAGUUCCACUUUUUGUAAGUAUUUUCGGAUACAAUACAAGCUCAAGAUACUAUACUAUCUCCUUGGUAUUGCUUUUUUUGGUGCAGAUUCUUAGAAUUGGAUUUAUAACAAUAAUAUAAAAUAUAAAACCUUUUUUUUUCUGGAGUGAAAAGGGACUAUAUAACAUGAGUCUGAUCAGUUUCCCAUUCAUAAAAGAAAAUGAGACUUCAUUUUUAAUGUAUAUUUUUAUUUUGCCAUGUAUCUUAUUAGUGAUAUUUAUUAUAUUGUAAUGUUUUAACUUUUAAAUAUAUGAUCCCUUUAGUCAUAAAGUAAAACAGAAAGAGUCUCUAAGGAACAUUAAAAUAUUUUUAGUGAUAUUGCUUACACUGAUCAAACCUAUUGUGCCAUAUUAAAAUUAAAAGUCAAGUAAACAAAACAGUUCUCACAACCUUAGAGUGAAACAGAUAAUUGUCUUUUUAAAAUGAGGUGCUUUUUAUUUGUGAAUAAGUAGAAAUCAUACUAAAUUUUAAUUCCUAAAUUGAUUUUAGUAGAUAGCAGGAAUCUCUCUGUAGUGGCUUUGUUCAUUUUCUAAUUAAAUUUCUUUGAUCAUUUUGUAGUUAUUUUGAUGUUAACAAUAAGAGUUUAAAAGUAAAUUGAUUUUUGGACUAUUUUUAGAUUUCUCUUUCAUUUUGUUUUAGAAAUAGAUGAUUUAAAGUGGUUAUGGUCUGUUUUAUGAAGGCUUAAUAUUUUGUAUUGUAUUUAAUUUGUAUUUGAGUCUCUAAUUCUAAAUAAAAAGU